AUGCAUCGUUCAUCACUCAUGAUCUCAUUACAGCGCCAAAUCUUCGCCAACCGAACCCUAACCCCGGCUGUGACGAGCCGGGUCACUCGACCGCCCUGCGAUGUCUUCAUCAACCACCGGGGGCCCGACACGAAGCGGACGGUGGUGACGCUGCUGUACGAUUAUCUGUCCCAGCUGAACCUGCGUCCCUUCCUGGACAAAAAGAACAUGAAACCCGGGGACAAGCUGUUCGAGAAGAUCGACGCGGCGGUGCUGGGGUGCAAGGUUGGCGUGGCGGUGUUCUCGCCGCGCUACUGCCAGUCCUAUUUCUGCCUGCACGAGCUGGCUCUAAUGGUGGAGUCCCAGAAGAAGGUUAUACCUAUCUUCUGCGACGUCAAACCCUCGGAGCUUCGGGCGGUAGACGUCAAUGGGAGCUGCAAUGCUGCAGAUCUGAGGAGGUUUGACUCAGCUCUUGAAGAGGCUAAGCAUACUGUUGGUCUUGCUUUCGACUCUGCUAGAGGGAAUUGGUCAGAUGUGGUAACAAGUGCUGCCGAUAUUGUCAUCAAAAGCUUAAUAGAGGUUGAAGAUGAACAACAACAAAGGAUGCAGCAAAAUACUCGAGAAAACAUUUUGAGACUUCCUUUUCAUCAUCGAUAA